AUGCUGGUGUGGAAUCCGGAUAAUAUUAAAGAUGUCGCUGAAUCGGUUGGUAUCAGUGCCUUAAACGAUGACGUUGUUGAUCAUCUCGCGCGAGACGUCGAGUAUCGCAUCGCCCAGGUUCUUGAAGAAUCGCAUCGCUUUAUGAGGCACGGCAAACGCACGUUGCUCACGACGCAGGACGUCUCAAAUGCUCUGAGAGUACUUGAUGUUGAGCCUCUAUAUGGUUAUGAGUCUACACGACCACUGAGGUUUGGGGAGGCUACAAUAGGCCCGGGGCAACCACUAUUCUAUGUUGAAGAUGAUGAGGUGGAUUUUGAAAAGUUGAUCAACGCACCGCUGCCAAAGGUGCCGAGGGAGGCUACUUUUACUGCUCACUGGUUAGCGGUGGAGGGAGUUCAGCCGACCAUCCCACAAAAUCCUACCUCAGCCGAUUCGCGUAAUCUUGAGUUACUUUCAAAAGGACCGAACGCGAAUAUUAAUUUAGCCGCGAUGAGCGGCAACGAAAAUGUCUCUGUAAAGCCUUUGGUUAAGCACAUACUAUCCAAGGAGCUACAAAUAUAUUUCGAGAAAGUGUGCACUGCAUUCCUAGACGAGUCGAACGAGGAAUACCGGCUCUCUGCUUUUGCGAGUCUAAAGGAAGACCCCGGGCUACACCAGCUCGUCCCUUAUUUCGUUCAAUUUAUAUCCGAGAAGGUCACGCACAGCCUCAAGGACCUAUUUGUGUUGACUGAAGUUAUGCAUAUGACGGAAGCGCUAAUACAGAACUCAACAUUAUUUGUCGACCCAUAUGUUGCCUCCCUGAUACCGCCUGUGUUGACAUGCCUGAUUGGGCGCCAACUCGAGGGUGGGUCGGAUCCUCUGGAGCAUUUCAGUCUUCGCGAGCUCGCUGGAUCUCUUAUUGGGAUGAUUGCUAGAAAGUACUCGCAUUCUUCUCAUGCUCUUAAACCGCGGUUGGCCAGGACAUUCCUAAAGAACUUUAUGGACCCUAGUAAGCCGUUCGGCACGCACUACGGCUCGAUAAUCGGGCUGCAUUCGAUUGGAGGACCUGAUGUUGUUCGGGAACUGGUCAUUCCUAAUCUUCCCAUGUACGAAGUUGUACUCAAAGAUGUUGUGGGCGAUGAGGGGUUACGGAAGUUGGAGGCAGAAAAGGUGAUUGGGGCUCUGCUCGCAGUGCUUUCAACACUUGUGGACGACAAGGUGCCAUUUACUAAUGGCCUCACAAACGGCGCGAUGGAAACCUUAAGCAACCAGCUAAGAGAGAAAAUCGGCGAUUUGCUGGCUGCAAGGAUCACGGACGCAGGCAACAUACGGCUUGCACAGGCCAUUCUUGAGUAG